AAUAUGCUUUGGAAAAUGUUUAUUGUUAACAUCAGACUUAAGAUGUUUUUAAAAGGAGACCUAAUAUUUGCUUUUAUAAUAAUUAGAAGAGAAGUUAAAAAUUGAUUUUUAAAUAAUUGUGAAUGUUGGGUGGCUGACCUUGCAAAAGACAACAGGUUACUUUAAAUCUCUGUAAAAGAAGAAAUUAAAAUGUCAAUUGUCAAAUCUAUCAAAAAUAAAAUGGCGUAUUCUUGUUGUUGGCAUUUGUUGGUGGCGUGUUUAUAACUUUGAGUAAAGCGCCAAACAGUUUUAUCCUGUUUUGCAAAAAGACUACUAAUUUUUUUUGGUAUAAUAAUCCAUUUUCCACCAGUUGACACACAGGAUUCCAAUUAUUGGUGUACUAAACCCAAUUUUGAUGUAAAUGAACAAUACCACAAUGAUGCCAAUAGGGGGGGCACCUCCUGUGCACGGUUCUAAUACUUUACCCCAAAACAACAGCACACAAAAUGCCAGUUUAACUCCUACAGGUGGAUCUAGCAAGUCUAGUAGUAGCCUUAAACCAAACUAUACUCUUAAAUUUACGUUAGCCGGGCACACAAAAGCUGUUUCAUCUGUUAAAUUUAGUCCUAAUGGUGAAUGGCUUGCUAGUUCUUCUGCUGAUAAACUUAUAAAAAUAUGGGGUGCUUAUGAUGGGAAAUUUGAGAAAACAAUAUCAGGACAUAAAUUAGGAAUUAGUGAUGUAGCAUGGUCGAGUGAUAGCAGGCUUUUAGUUUCUGCUAGUGAUGACAAAACUCUAAAAAUAUGGGAACUAUCCUCAGGAAAAUGUCUUAAAACCCUUAAAGGCCACAGCAAUUACGUUUUUUGUUGUAACUUCAACCCUCAAUCAAACCUUAUUGUUUCUGGUUCUUUUGAUGAAUCUGUCAGAAUAUGGGAUGUAAGGACAGGGAAGUGUUUAAAAACCCUACCAGCUCACUCAGAUCCAGUUAGUGCAGUACACUUUAACAGGGAUGGAUCGUUAAUUGUUAGCAGUAGUUAUGAUGGGCUUUGCCGAAUAUGGGACACAGCAUCUGGGCAAUGCUUAAAAACCCUGAUAGAUGAUGACAAUCCUCCUGUAUCUUUUGUAAAAUUCUCACCAAAUGGCAAAUACAUCCUGGCUGCUACCUUAGACAACACCCUUAAAUUGUGGGAUUAUGCAAAAGGUAAAUGCUUGAAAACCUACUCAGGACACAAGAAUGAAAAGUACUGUAUUUUUGCCAAUUUUUCUGUUACUGGUGGAAAAUGGAUAGUGAGUGGGUCAGAGGAUAAUAUGGUGUACAUUUGGAAUUUGCAAACUAAAGAAAUUGUUCAAAAGUUGCAAGGACACACAGAUGUUGUCUUGUGCACCACCUGCCACCCAACCGAAAACAUUAUCGCGUCAGCGGCCCUCGAAAAUGACAAGACUAUAAAAUUGUGGAAGAGCGAUACUUAAAACCAGUCGAUUUUUUAUUACUUUUUAUAUUUAAGUUACGGUAAUAUGAAAUUGAGUAUUUUUUUAGAAUAAGUAUGCUAAAAAGUCAGUGUACUAAAAUCGGAUGAAUAAUUAUUUAUCAAACAACAUUGUGUCCAGUAUCUUCGCGAUACAUCUUGUGAUAUUUUUAGAUCACCCCUGUAAAAUGCAUCAUGAUUUUUAAGGUAAAAACAAAUUAUUAAUAAAUUUGAAAAUUC